AUGAACAAAAUGAACCCGACUAACGCUGCAGCGCAAUCUACUAUACCUUUUCCAACUCUGCCACUUGAGCUCCGCGAGAUCAUCUACCGUCAUGCGAUACUCCCAGAGGACCUUACUUCUCAGUCUCAGCCCUUGAACUUCGGCCCCGUAGACACCCGGCGUGGAGGCGACCCUUUCUACCUCCAGUGGCUCGAACAACUCUGUCGCGUGAACCAAGCCACGCGCGUCGAUGUAUCACUGUAUCUUCUACGGACGACCGAAUUCUACCUCAUCUACCCGGAGCAAGUAGUGCGAUUCACGAUGUUCCUGGAAAGUCUAGGCGAGAACGACCAAGGCUUUGCCGCAAUUCGUAAACUCGAUUUCCAACUCUUUGGCCGCUACCAACCAAUUGCUGGGACUAACAACACUUACAUCGAGCUCAUGAAGCGAUGUACAGGGCUGACGCAAGUCGCAUUGAAGUUCGAAGUUGGGUACAUGACUAUUGACUCAUGUAACUGGGCUGAGGAUGUUGUUAUCCCUCCUACAACGUUAGGGACCUUCGAUCUAUGGACAUUCGAUCAAACGCGCAUCAGAGAACUUGAAGAUGUAAUUGCGAUUUACCAGUUGGCAGAUCUCAUGGAGGUAGAGAGUUUGCAGACGUUGACGAUCGAGGCUUGGCCUAGGAUCAGGAACGUUUUGGUGGACUGUGCGCCGUUGAUCGAGCGGUUGGUGGUGUGGCUUCGGGAGGGGUUUGCUGCCAGAGGGAGGGAAGUUGAUGUAAAAUAUGUGGAAGCGAGUAGUCCGGGACUGAGGUGGAGCCGGAGGAUCUGA